AUGGCCACCAACUCGGCUAUGAAUAAAGUUUCAGUUGUUGUUUCAGAAGGUAAUGGCAUUCACGAGCUGCUUCAUGACAGUGUCGAGAAGUACUGGCAAAGUGAUGGACCUCAACCCCACACUGUUACGAUAGAAUUUCCACGGAAAACCGAUAUCUGCUUCGUUAUGAUGUACCUUGACUUCAAAAAUGAUGAAUCCUACACACACAAGCAAGGCAAGAUAGUCGUUUAUCUGGGAUCGUCCUUGAUGCAUCUUGAUGAUGGCUUACCUGUGGAGUUUAAUGAACCAACUGGUUGGCAGCUCAUCGAUCCUGCGAUAUCCCGCCGAACGAAUAGGCCAUCUCGGGCUAUGGUGGUGCAGAUUCAAGUGGUGCAUAACCACCAAAAUGGUCGCGACACCCACAUAAGACACAUUCGCGUGCUUGGGCCCAGCCGAUCGAGGUUUGCUUCGCAUUCUCGACCUGGGCAUGCUGCCGACCAGGCACGUUUGAACUGA